GGGCGGCGGCGGGGGGCGCGCGGCUCCGGGCGCGGCGCCUGCAACAUGAACUACCAGCAGCAGCUGGCCAACUCGGCUGCCAUCCGGGCCGAGAUCCAGCGCUUCGAGUCGGUCCAUCCCAACAUCUACUCCAUCUACGAGCUGCUGGAGCGCGUGGAGGAGCCGGUGCUGCAGAACCAGAUCCGGGAGCACGUCAUCGCCAUCGAAGAUGCCUUCGUGAAUAGCCAAGAAUGGACAUUAAGUCGUUCUGUCCCGGAGCUCAAAGUGGGAAUUGUGGGUAACUUGGCCAGCGGCAAGUCAGCCCUGGUGCACCGGUAUCUGACUGGCACCUACGUCCAAGAGGAGUCUCCCGAAGAUAUGGAUGCAGGUGGCAGGUUCAAGAAAGAGAUUGUUGUUGAUGGACAAAGCUAUCUGCUGCUGAUUAGAGAUGAAGGGGGCCCCCCAGAGGCACAGUUUGCCAUGUGGGUGGACGCUGUUAUAUUCGUCUUCAGCUUGGAGGAUGAAAUAAGUUUCCAGACUGUCUACCACUACUACAGCCGGAUGGCCAGCUACCGGAACACGGGCGAGAUUCCGCUGGUGCUGGUGGGAACCCAGGAUGCCAUCAGUUCCACCAACCCGCGGGUCAUCGACGACGCCAGGGCGCGGAAGCUGUCCAGUGACCUCAAGCGGUGCACGUACUACGAGACGUGCGCCACCUACGGGCUCAACGUGGAGCGCGUCUUCCAGGACGUUGCCCAGAAGAUAGUUGCCACAAGGAAGAAGCAGCAGCUGUCCAUAGGACCCUGCAAGUCUUUACCCAACUCCCCAAGCCACUCCUCUGUCUGUUCGGCCCAGGUGUCUGCCGUGCACAUUAGCCAGACAAGUAAUGGAGGGGGCAGUUUAAGCGACUAUUCCUCCUCCGUUCCAUCGACUCCAAGCACCAGCCAGAAAGAACUGCGGAUUGACGUCCCUCCCACUGCCAACACACCAACACCCGUCCGAAAGCAGUCCAAGCGCCGGUCCAACCUUUUCACCUCUCGGAAAGGGAGCGACCCAGACAAAGAGAAGAAAGGCCUGGAGAGCCGUGCGGACAGCAUCGGGAGCGGGCGAGCCAUCCCAAUUAAACAGGGCAUGCUGUUGAAGCGAAGUGGCAAAUCACUGAAUAAAGAGUGGAAAAAGAAAUACGUCACCCUGUGUGACAAUGGCGUGCUGACCUAUCAUCCAAGUUUACAUGAUUACAUGCAGAACGUUCAUGGUAAAGAGAUUGAUCUUCUGAGAACCACUGUGAAAGUCCCAGGAAAGAGGCCCCCCCGAGCCACGUCAGCCUGCGCGCCCAUCUCCAGCCCUAAAACCAAUGGCCUGUCCAAGGACAUGAGCAGUUUACACAUCUCACCAAAUUCAGGGAAUGUCACUAGUGCAUCUGGGUCUCAGAUGGCAAGCGGCGUCAGCCUGGUCUCCUUCAACAGCCGGCCCGAUGGCAUGUACCAGCGCUCCUACUCAGUCUCCAGUGCCGACCAGUGGAGUGAGGCUACAGUCAUUGCAAACUCGGCCAUCAGCAGUGACACGGGGCUGGGCGACUCCGUGUGCUCCAGCCCCAGCAUCUCCAGCACCACCAGCCCCAAGCUCGACCCGCCCCCCUCCCCUCACGCCAACAGAAAGAAGCACCGGAGGAAGAAAAGUACCAGCAACUUCAAAGCCGACGGGCCCUCGGGCACUGCCGAAGCCAAACGCAAAGCAUGGAAACUAAACCGUGUUGGUAGCCUGCGAAAUAUAUACAGCAGCAGCAGCACCAACACCGAAGAACAAGAAGAAAACUUUGAGUUUAUCAUUGUGUCCCUGACUGGCCAGACGUGGCACUUUGAAGCCACCACAUACGAAGAACGAGAUGCGUGGGUCCAAGCCAUCGAGAGCCAGAUCCUCGCCAGCUUGCAGUCCUGCGAGAGCAGCAAGAAUAAGUCCCGACUGACGAGCCAGAGUGAGGCCAUGGCCCUGCAGUCGAUCCGAAACAUCCGCGGGAACUCCCACUGCGUGGACUGCGAGACCCAGAAUCCUAACUGGGCCAGUUUGAACUUGGGAGCCCUCAUGUGUAUCGAGUGCUCAGGGAUCCACCGGAAUCUCGGCACCCACCUCUCCCGGGUCCGCUCUCUGGACCUCGAUGACUGGCCCAUCGAGCUCAUCAAGGUGAUGUCAUCCAUCGGGAACGAGCUGGCCAACAGCGUCUGGGAAGAGAGCAGCCAGGGGCGGACGAAGCCGUCCGUAGACUCCACAAGGGAAGAGAAGGAGCGGUGGAUCCGGGCCAAGUACGAGCAGAAGCUCUUCCUGGCCCCACUGUCAUGCACAGAGCUGUCCCUGGGCCAGCACCUGCUACGGGCCACUGCUGACGAGGACCUGCGGACAGUCAUCCUGUUGCUGGCGCAUGGCUCCCGGGACGAGGUGAACGAGACCUGCGGGGAGGGAGAUGGCCGCACGGCGCUGCACCUGGCCUGCCGCAAGGGCAACGUGGUCCUGGCGCAGCUCCUGAUCUGGUACGGGGUGGACGUCAUGGCCCGGGACGCCCACGGGAACACGGCGCUGGCCUAUGCCCGGCAGGCCUCCAGCCAGGAGUGCGUGGACGUCCUGCUGCAGUACGGCUGCCCCGACGAGCGCUUCGUGCUCAUGGCCACCCCCAACCUGUCCAGGAAAAACAACAACCGGAACAACAGCAGCGGGAGGGUGCCCACCAUCAUCUGAGGACAGCUGCCCGCCUGCCUGCCACGCCGGGGAUGCCAGCGGUCACAGCACGUGAGUCCCGUCACGACCCCUCACCCUUCCUGGCGGUCACCUUCCACCCACCCACCCACUGUCACCUCAAACGAAAUCACGAAACCUGGACAUCCUCAGGGGUGAAGAGGACGCCAGGAGGCUGCAGAAUCGAUUCAUUCUCAUUAACUCCCGACACCACACAUAAGAGAGACGACGGGCCUUGGUUCUUUGGUGAUAGCACACGGCACGGGACCCUUGUCCCAGUGUCCCGUAGACAGAGCACGGCACAAGGGACGGGGAUCAGAGGGGGCGGGGAGGCGAGGAACAAGGGAAGGGGCACCUUUCCUCAGCUGGCAGUUAAGCACAUCAGUCCAUUUCACCUCUAGCAAACGGAACACUUGGAUUUCAUCUCUUCUCCGAGGAGCUUGACGGCAUAAAUCAGAAGCAAGCACAGAGUUUGUCAGGUUUGAAGCCCCUAUGAUGGUAUGUGUCAAAUCAGUUGUAGCUAAUCUGUCCAGGGAGAAUACUGGCUUCAUUACACUUGUAUAGUUGAGUUCUUCCAGCAUUACCGCUGUUUAAUAGAACAUGAUUAGUCAUCACCGAGAAGAAAGCAUAUUAGCCGAGGAGGUAGUUACGCGGCACGCUCCGGUGAUUGCCACGAUGUGAUUGCAAUACUCUUAGAAGCAUCAUAUUAUCCCAGACAUGUUCUUCCAAGCCCUUGGAGCCCUCCUUUCUAAAUUCACUGUCAUAAUUUAGUAUCUGUUUAAUUUUUCAGUCCAAAGAGAGGAGAUCAGUUGCUGAGUAUUAUUUGACUGCAGUCUCCUUGGUGCAAAAACAAAAUGGAAAAAAUAAAUAAGAAUAACUAGGAAACUCGAAAUCACAAAUUCAGCAUUUUGAGUACAUUUCAUAAACUAAGUAAAUACAUAAAAGACUAUUUUUCCCGAACAUAAGAGAUAUUUUAUGUCCUUUUGCCAAGGUGGAUGUGUUGGGUCCCAUUCACUCCUGGGUCACGUUGCCCAAGUUACACAGGAUUCUGUAUUAUAUCUUUAGAUAAGAUAUGUGCAAAUCUAUUUGAAUAAAAGAAGUUCAUAAAUAUGCAUUGAUUUUUGUACAGACAAAUGGCACCUCUGUUAAUUUAUAAAUUGAACUGGAUGUGAACUAAUAAUGUGCAACUAGUUGAGAGAAGAGGGUUACAGAUCAUUGUACAUGGAAAAUCUUCCCAGCAGUAAACACUUCCAUUAAUGUGAUGUACAGCUUUUAAAAAGGAACCUAUCAGAAUAAGAUGGUGGUUCAUUUUGCUUAUUAAAAUCAAGAAAGAAAAAAAAGAAGAAGAAGACACUGAAGCGUAUUAGAAAGGAGGAGAAAGGCAUGUGAUUUCUCAGUAUGGAAAGCAUGAUUUAGAUCUGAUACCACUUUUGCUAACUGGGAGCAAAGGGCUCUGGCCAGGCAGGGCCGUCUUCUGAAUACCAGAGCAAGGAGUUUUGCAAAGGCAGAUUACGACCAGCUGCCGAUGGUUCUGGGCUCAGAUCAGCUCAUGAGCAGCCGCAGGACUGAUGUAGCAGCCAGGCCCUCCGUGCUAGGACUUCCCCUGAUUGCCAUCGGUGGUAUCUUCAGACGUCGGCCACCUUCAGCGUGGGGUCAGACGUAGUGAACCAAAUCAUGCUACACUUCAGGUGAAAAAUUAAAGGGCAGCUUCACCUGGAGCCCUUUGUGGCGGUAUGACGGGGGAAGAAGGGUUGUCACAUGAGAAGAUGGGAUACUGGGUUGACAUAGCACAGGAGCACGAGGCUACAGCUGCCUGGCGGCCUCUGGGGAAGUCCCUUGCUCUCAUAUAUUAAACCUAUCUUUUGUAAGCAUUUUUCCUCUUCUUUCACUUUAAAAAAAAAAAAAAUUAAAAUAGGUGGGGGAAAAAAAUAAAGCUUUACACAGAAUUUAUAUGUGGGUGUUUCGUGGAAAUUUCUAAUCUUAAUUAAGCUCAGUGGAACUCAUUGGUAUCCAAAAAUAUAACAGGUGCAGGAGCCACAAAUCUGAGAACCUUGACAUCAGUUCCACGGUCCCUCCAUUUGAUUUUUAAUUCUGCCUUUGACCACUGUGUAGCUACUUUAAAUGUGAAUGGAGAAAAAAGUCACUGCCUAUUUUUGAAGAGCGCAUCUGUGCUCCACCCUGGCUGUAACGCAUCCGCGCCACGCAGCCUUCAUCGCAGACUUUCUGUAGUGAGCACAGACCUAGUAUAAAUGCACUUCUUAAGUUAUUUCAUUGUAGUUAAUUACCACCAUAGGAACGCUUUACCAUAGUGCAGCCUUCUUUGGGAAAGAAACGGAGCUCUUUGUGAGGCUUCUCCUUGGGAUGUAUAUGAGUGUGUACAUAUUAUUAUUAUAUGUGUUUAUAAUAUAAUAUUUUCCCAAAUGACUUCUUGUUUCACUUCGCCUUGCACAGCCCGAAUGCUAGACUGGUUUUUCCCCUUCCCUCCCUCCUCAGCAGACAUGGCCCCUCCCCUGCCAUCUUUGGCCACACUGAUCUCCGAAAGGCAACCCGCUUUCUUGAGCCCAAGUUUUGGCAGCAGAAGGAAAGGCAGUAGUGGGGUUUCAAGGUUUUCUUUUUAAAUAAAGAAGACCGGUGGCUUAUCUGUUGGUAUCUCAGCGUCAAAUCGGAAGUCCUCUCUUUGCUGACCAACUCUCUUUCCCGUUUUCGAGCUUACUGACACCCAGGCUGGGAGAAGCAAGGACCAAGGGCCAGUGUUAGAAAUAACUGGUUUGGGAAGGGGGUCAAGCUUUGCAUGUUCAUGUCCACGUUCGGUUCUAUGAAGGGACGAUGACAUGAGAAGCCACCACUGCAGAAUCAUAUAAGCUUUUCUGUUGAGAUUUUAAAUUCUCCCCUGACGAGAAACAGCCAGCGGGGAGAGGCUCCUCAGGGGGCCGUGCACAUUUGGAUCCCCGUGUGGGUGACCGGACGGACACGUCUGUCUCCCACAUCCCGGCAGCGCCGCCUUUCAGCCUAGCAGUUACUGAGCUGGGAGCGUGUGGUGAGGACCUCGCUGGAUUUCUUCAGUGGCCAAGAAAACCCUGCAGGGCAAGGGUGCUGGGAUUCUGACCCCGCAUGAGCGGACCUCAAGUACUGUGAUGGGUAAACGGUUUACCAAGUCCGGCACCCCAGUCGUGGUCCCUUGUCCCUUCUGUCUCCUGUCAGCCUGGGAAAUGAGCAGCUUGAGAAUGAACAAGUGACAAGUUCAGGAGUCUUUGGUCCCCAAAACAGGUGCAAUGUCUUAUCUCCCAGUAAGUACACGCGUUUGUGUAUUCCAGAGAAAGGCAGGGGGAGGCAUUGGGUGCUUGCUGAUCACAGGGUUGUCGGACGCAGAAGAGACCAGGCUCUCACUGAAUUAAAUCCUGACUGUACUCCUUAAAUCAGCACAGUCUCUGCAGGGCUGCGAGUCGCAGGCCAGUCACAGUGGUUUUUCAGCACAGCGCAGGCCUUUGCAUUGAAACUCACUCUUCUGAGAUUUUGCCAGUCCAGUGAGCUUUGUUUAUAUCCAUCCUCUGCCAUCCAGGGUAGACACCAGUUUUCCCAGUUUUGUGACAUCUGUACACAUUUGGGGACAUUCCCCAAGUCUGCAUAGGAGCUAUUACUUACUCCAUUACGGAGAAAACAGCCCAGAGAGAGAGACAGCCCAGGACAGUGCAGACCUGGGUUCUGCAGGCUCUGCAGUCCCAGCAAGGAUGCUUGCAUAGCCUUGGGCAAGAAGCCAGCUUCUUGGACUCUUUUUCCUCAUCUGGGAAACUUGCAGGGUGCAUUAAGGUUUUUGAACCAAUGUGAUAAAUGCCGUCCUACCACCCGGCCAGGGGUGGGUGCUCAGGAAGUGGGAGCGGUUAUUAAGAACAGUAACACUGACAGGACCGAAGCCAGAGCAUACACCUGGACACCCGCCCCCUAGCUGACACCUGUCCUCCAGCCAGUGUCCCAGGGAAGCAGUGAUGGCACAUCUGCCAGACCCGCCCAGCCCCACCCAGCCCCCUGCAUGCUGGGAACGUGUCAGAAGAGGGCUGAGGCUACCUGGGGUCCUGCCCGUUACUAUCUUGCCAAACCCCACUUCUCAAAACGUAGCUUCCAUUUUUUUAAUAUGAGUUUGAUUUUCCAGAAACAAAGCAGGGGGUGAGUUCUGCCCUCAUGCCAUUCGCCAAGUUGCUUCAGGCCCAGGACAACCCUUUUCUUCAGACACCACUCUGACCACUGUGAGCUGCUGUGGCACGCAUCUGUUGGUCCUCAUUUUUAGUGCCCUUUUUCUCCUUCUCUUAAGAUCAGAGCUUGCUGGAGAGCACCCUGGGGUGGCCUUGUGGCCCCUCUCUCUCAGUGGGUGCGUGUGACUGGACCGCCAGCAUCUGCUCACUGGAGCCAGCCUCCCUGCCCAGGGCUCCUGCCAUGAUGUCCAUCUUGUCUUGUACCAGAACCUUCUCCCACGAGAGUGAUCUGCUCAUGCACCUCCCUGCCAGCCUGAGCUGUGCUCAGAGGUGCAGCCCGGCAGGCAGCAAUGUAGCCUCUCCUGAGAGGGACUAUGAUCGGGUCUCAAAAACUCUUCAGAAGACAGAGAUGUCUGGAAAGCCAGCGCGGUACCCCUGAUGGGCUGCUCCCUCCCCCACCCCAUCUGCUCUGUUUCCAUCCCUCACGCCCCCCACAAGGUCGCUGAGACUUUUCUAGAACUCCCCUGGGUUGUAUUUAUGGCCUUCGAGCAAACAAAUUGAAAAGCAGUCAGGAAGGAAUUCAAAGAGAAAUGUGCUGGAGACACACGUCUUUCCUUCAGAGGAAAUCUAAUUUAUUUCUAACUGCCUCCUUAAACUUGGGCUUCACGUGUUGUGAAGUCGCGUCUUGUGGUCACCAGUCUUGCCCAGCCCAGCCCAGCACCCCGGGGGGGGGGGGUCUGUUCACAGCAGGCAGGGGGCCGGCUCUGUGAUGGUCUCUGUCAUUCCAACACCUAAUUUAGGUUGCCUUUCAGCCAAAAUGUCAAAUUCCUUCCAGUUAUGCCGAAGGGGGACACGUCUCCUUGGGGUAGAAGGAUUACUAAGAAACAGGGAGGAGUCACUGGACCCCAAUACUGUGAUGCCCGCAAGUGGAGAGUGGUGCCGCGCAGUCAGCACCCAGAAAAAACAGCAGUUAACAGCUAAGACAGGAGCAUUUGGAACACAAACAUGUGUCCCUUUAGAAAACAAUAGACACUGUCCUUAAGUGGGCUUUUUAAAAUAUUAAUGGAUCCCCUAUUUAAUUUGUACGUCUGCUGCUUUUUUAAACAUGGUUUUGCAUCACACGUCAGAGGUGAAAUUAGAGGACAUUUCAUCAGUAGACAAUUCUAGAAAGGGAUUAUCUGUGGUUUUUUGAAAGCCUAGGUUUUAGAAGUAUUUGUUUCACUAGUGUAAUAAACACCCGCCCCAAAGCAGCGGCACGACCUGCCCUUACUGUCUUUCAUUAUGAGGUGCUGAAUUUGCUAUUAAAUGACAGCGUUUGGUUUGAGGGUUUGGGUCUGUUUGGUAGAAAUGUUCUUGUCUGAGGCCCUCAUCCCAUACAGAUGGGCCUCCGGUGGGCAGAGGCAGGACAGGAGUGGCCAGGGGAGACCUGCAGUGGUUUGGAGGACUCAGAGCUCAGGCCUGCAACUGCUCAGGUGACAAGAACAACUAGCUCUGGCUUCUAGCCUGGGACACCCGGCGCUUGACAGCCUUCCAUGUGUCCAGGGCAGGGCGCCGUCAUGAAUGCAAGAGAUGUCGGCUUGGUUUUAAUCUUUGCCUGGCAUGUGGCAUCUGUAGAGGAGGACACCCUGGGGGUUGCGAACCAAGCCAUAUGCUAGAGACUCACCUGUCAAAGUCCAUUCAGCACUGAUCUAGAGGUCAGUAUUGGGGGAGUGACAUGGCCUCUGUCUUGAGGUGCAGAUGAAAUCAAGCAAGGUGUGAGAACAUUGAGGGAUCUUCCCAGUGGCACAAACCCCCUUCACACACCAGCUGCUGGGAACAGCCGCCCCUAAAUCAGAUUAAACCCCAUCUUCCUGGUGCUGGACAGUGUCCACACCAGCCCAGAAAGCUAAUGUCUGAGCUGGUUCAAGAACUCUUGUAAGAGGAAGACAUUGCACCAACCUCCAGGAGCGCACUUAACCCAUGAUCCUGUAAAACGUACAGGAGCUGUUGGGGCUUGAGGAAGGAUGUUCCAGGUCUUUUCCACAAUGCGUGUAGCACCAGCACAUAGAAAUCUUCAUAGGCCUCGGUGCAAAGACAGUAGUGGUCAACCAGCCCAGCUCACUGCCCCGCACUCAGCUCUCACCUGACAUUGUCUGAGUCACCCGAGAAAUGUCUGUCCUGCUUCGGUUCUUCAGGGUGAGGGAACAGAAAAGGGCCAGGGGUGCCGUGAGCUGGGGCCAGUCCAGGGAGUCUGUGAGCACACCGCACUCCUCCUGGCCCCCACCCCAGGGGUACCAGCCAUUUUCUCACCACGACAACUUUGAGUGUACAGAUGCGGACUUAAGUGGGACCAAGGCUGUUCCAUGGUGCACAGGCAAAGGGUGCAUUUAGAAACUGCUUCAUGACAUUUAGAAGGGAGAAAAGACUUGCACCUUAGUGUUAGCAGUAAUUCCUUCUCAGGACCUUGGAAAGCAUCAGUCUCCCUCCUCCAUCUGGGUGUUUUGUGUCUAAAAUAUAGCCAGUUCUUGAGAUCACAGCCCCAGCCCUAAGUCUGCAGUCACAGGCCCUGCUGUGCUGAGCCCCAGGGGGGUCCAGGCCACCCAGCACUUUGUCAGGGGCUCUCAUCUUGCCAUGGGAGUGUGUGUGUCCAAACGGGGAGCUGGAGCAGGUCAAGGUGACGACUGAGAUGCGUUUGUAGGUAGGAGCGGGGACGGCCGAGCCUCGGCCCACCUUUCUGCACGUUUUUCUGUUUCUGUAAAUAGCAAUGUACAGAAGACAGAAGAGCAGCGUGGGCUUUAUCCCGAGAUGGGUUGUUUUUUGUUUUUGUUUUUGUUUUGUUUUUGGUUGUUUUUAUAUUACCUCAUUCAGCAACUUUUAUGUUUCACGAUGACUCAACGAUGCUUUAUUUAUAUUGUUUGUACUGUAAUUAAAACCAUUGACGGACGCUUCACUUUGCUUGUUAUUUCGUAUGGUCUUGUUUUGAUUAAAUAUACCCGUUUGUAUUUUCCUGCCUUGGGAUUUUUUUGUGUCAGCUGUACAGUAUUCUAAGGGGAAAAGAAAAAGAAAAAUG